UGUUGGAUGUGGUAAAAAAAUUAUUUCAUAUCAUUUGAGAAAAUUGACAUGGAUGCAAAGAAGGGUGUUUUCAUACAUUCUGCUGAAAAUCCCGAUGAUAUAAUGAAGGCAUGCAAAGACCUAAUACAGAGCUGUAUAUCUGGAGGAAAAAUAGAAGCUGCAGUAUCAGAUGAUAAAUAUGGAGGCAUAAAAUUAUAUUUAAAUAGAGAUGAAGUCGUACAGAAAUUUCUCCGUAGAAGAUUCUUAUUGAAAGAAAAUGGUGAAACACUCGCUACUAUUCACCCACUGACAACGCAGCUGAUUGUCCGGGAUGCGAAAAUUUUUAUGGAAAAAGAAGAAUUUCUUCAAAAAUUAAAGCGUUUCAUUCUAGAUAACUUAGAUAUUAAAUACCACCAGAUUUUGGAGAUAUCUAAUAUUCCUUUUUCAGAACAUCAUCCAGAUGUUUUGACUCCUGAUUUAAAAAUAGUUUUAGAUGUUCCCGAAAUGGAAGAUCUGGAUGCUUUUAAAAAUGUCGACCUACCUGAUGACUACGAGAUUCAAACAGAAACAGAAAAUGAAAUGCCAAGUCUGAAAUUUUAUUGCCCCACGUGUAAAAAAGGCGGCCAUACUAGUUGGAGUUGCCCUAAAAGCAUUGGCUCUGAAGUAGCUUUGAAUUCUUCACCAGAAAAACCUUCAAAUGCUGAAACUCUUCACAUGCCGAAGUCACAAAAUUCUUUACCAAGUGACGUAAGAGGAAAUGCGAAAAAAGUUAACAUUCCUGAGAUUACCCUUUCGCCUGAGAAAAUGAACGUUAGUAAAUUCGAAAGGAAAGAGGAAAAAGUCAGAUAUUACAAGACGCUUUAUCAUAAAACCCCUGGUAGUAGUAAAAAAAAAGUAGGCGUGUCCAGUUCCUCUACAAUGAAGCGUUCCCUGUUUCAUAAGGAUAACCAAAAGAACGAGUCCAAUUCCAAAAAGGCCCAUACUUCACUCGUAAAUAAUGGACAAGAACAAUCUGAAGAAAUAUCAAAAGCCGACAAUAGUGAAAAUGAUAUCUAUGUCAUUCAACCAUCUACUUCAACGGAAACAGUUCAACAUUUGAACAUCGCAAGUGAAAGAUUCGAACCUGAUAUCGAGGAAAUCUACAAUGUAAACUCAGUAAUCAAUAUGACCUCAGGACUUAAUCCAGGUCCUUCAUCACUUCAGGUCUCUGUCAGCAUUCCUCCUCGCAUCAAAGAGAUGUGGGAACCAUUGUGCUGUUUUCAGAGCAUCGAGCAGCUCGAGGCCUUCCUGGACCACGCUAAGAGAAGACCGAGAAUACGUAAAUUGGCCACAGUAUACGAUAAUGGGAACUACCAGGAGCUGAAGCAACAUUUGAUCAAUUUGAGAAAAGCAUAUUAUAAUGAAAAGAAGACUCUAAACAAGGAAGCCUAUAAGGAAGAAAAAGAGUUCAUGGAUUGGUUUGGAGGAUUGGUUGAUAGGAUGAAUUGAAUUGAAUGGUAAAAAGAAGUAAUUUGAAGAAUUUGCUGGUAAUUGGUGGAGCUCAUCUAAUUACUUCAAAACUUUUCUGUCUCACCCAAUUUAUUCAUAAGUAAUAUUUCAUGAUUUUAUAAAUUAUAUUUAUGGAAAUGGCAAACGGUAAAAAUAAUCAAAUUCCUCUCAGCCUUUCUUUUGAUGUAACCAAAUUAUUCAUUUAAAUUAGAAAAUAUCUUAUUUAAUAAAAAAAAACU